AUGUACACGCUUGGACCUUGGCUCGUCGGAAUGUGUCUAGAUAUAUUCCUUCAAGGAAUAUUAACGUCCCAGUUUUUCAACUACUACGCAUGGUACGGCAAAUCUGAUACCUGGAAGUUCACAGUUGGCGUUGGCGCUCUCGCAGUUAUGACUUCUCUUAAGACUAUACAGGCUGACCACCAUGGCAGUGCGAUUGUUUGGAUGCAGGACAUCGUGUACUUCAACGAUCUCGACAGCGCCCUACAAAUGAUGUUUUUCGUCUGGUAUCAAAUGGGUAAUGCCAUAAUGGUGGCGUUUAUCGCCUUCUAUGUGCAAUGUUACUUCUGUUAUCGUCUCUGGGCCGUUUCUAGACGAUGUUGGGUUGUUUCACCGAUUCUCUUCCUCUUCGUCUUUUCUUUGGGAACGGCUGCUGCCGCGACGUAUUAUAUCGUACUUGCCGAUCUUCGAUUGGAACAUUGGCUAUCCGUUCAUUAUGCUACUGCGUUCGUGGGCAACGUGCUGCUGGCAGUUGCCAUGGCAUAUUUCCUUCUGCACACAAAGAAAUGCGUCCUGCCUGAGACAAUGAACAUGCUGGACUCCUUAGUCCGCUUGACAUUUCAGACAACUACGCCAGCAGUUGUAGUCGCUUUGCUCAAUCUGAUAUUUAUCUUUCUCCCCUAUCCUUAUGUGAAGAGCAUCUCUAGCUCCUUCAUCCAACCGCUUCCGAAACUAUAUGCAAUCAGCAUGAUGUGGACUUUGAAUGCAAGGAGAGAUAUACGGAUAGCCUCUUCCAGUCUGAGUAUUUACACCAGCCGGAGUUAUGCGCAUGACUUGCCCAGUCCGACGUUUCCCAGAUCUCCUAGAUUUACCCAUGAAAUACCCAUGAACAGCUUCCAGGUAUUGAACUGCCUUACCUAUAUUAUGAUCAUGCACUGA